AUGACCGCGGCGGAGGCGAAGGACUAUCUCUCGCGGAGAGCGAUCCCGCAGCUCUUCGAGAGCAUGUUAACAGGCUUGAUGUAUUACUGCCCUGAGGACCCCAUCGACUACCUGGAGCGCUGCUUGCAGAAGGUCCGGGAGCUGGGUGGUCCCGAGAAGGUGCAAUGGGACACUUUCAUUGGCCAGGAGCGGCGGACCCUACCCCCCAUCAAUGGCGGGCAAGGGAAGAAACCCAUUUUCUGGACAGACCCCCUUGCAGGGCCAUACCGCCGGUAUGGGUGCCUGCCACCCAUCCAGAGCCAGUUCUCCAUCGAGAGUGACUCGGACAUGACAGAGUCCACUGGACUGAUCCAGGAGUAUGACGUCUUCGACCCCAGUAGACCCCGCCCCAAAAUCAUCUUUGUGAUUGGGGGCCCUGGCAGCGGGAAGGGCACUCAGAGCACCAAGAUGGCCUCCCACUUCGGCUUCGUCUGCAUCUCGGUCGGUGAGAUCCUGCGCAACCAGCUGAUCCACCACGCCACCAGCGACAGGAAGUGGGAGCUGAUCGCCAAGAUCAUCGCCAACGGGGAACUGGCCCCGCCAGAAACGACCAUUGAGGAGCUGAAGCAGCAGUUCAUUAAGCAGCAGGACGCCAAAGGCUUCGUGGUGGACGGGUUCCCGAGGGAGAUAGGACAGGCCUUCACCUUCGAGGAGCAGAUCGGCUCCCCAGACCUGGUGGUUUUCUUGGCCUGCUCCAACCAACGUCUCCGGCAGCGUCUGGAGAAACGGGCGCAGGAGCAGGGCCGGCCGGACGAUAACGCCCACGCCAUUGACCGGAGGGUGGAGACCUUCAAGCAGAACAUCCCGCUGAUUGUGAAAUAUUACCAGGACAAGAGCGUCAUCGUCCGGUUUGACGCAGACAGAGAGGAGGACGACGUAUUUGGUGACAUCAGCUCUAUGGUUCAGGAGCGGCUCUUCCCGCGUGGCAUUGAUGCAGCAGGGUCCCCGCAGUUGGCUCUGUUAGAGUCGCCUUAUGGUGCAGACAGAGAACAUCCUCAGGAGGAAGAUGAGGAAGGGCAGACUGAAGAGCUUCUUUGCCCAGAUCUCCUCAGGAUGGCAACAGAAAAACUGAAGAACAGCAAAAUCAUCUUCGUGGUGGGCGGGCCCGGCUCAGGAAAAGGGACCCAAUGCGAGAAGAUUGUCCAGAAGUAUGGCUACACCCACCUGUCCACCGGUGACCUCCUGAGGGCAGAGGUCAACUCUGGCUCAGAGAGAGGCAAGAAGCUCUCUGCCAUCAUGGAGAAGGGAGAGCUGGUGCCCCUGGACAUGGUGCUUGAUAUGCUGCGAGACGCCAUGGUGGCCAAGGCAGAUGUCUCCAAGGGGUUCCUGAUUGACGGCUACCCCCGAGAGGUGAAGCAAGGCGAGGAGUUUGAGAAGAAGAUCGCCCCACCAACGCUGCUUCUCUACGUGGAUGCCGGGAAGGACACCAUGGUCAAGCGUUUGUUGAAACGGGGUGAGACCAGCGGGCGGGUGGAUGACAAUGAGGAGACGAUCAAGAAGCGCCUGGACACUUACUACAAGGCCACUGAGCCGGUCAUCACAUUCUACGAGAAAAGAGGGAUCGUCCGGAAGCUGAACGCAGAAGGCUCUGUGGACGACGUGUUCGUACAGGUCUGCACUCAUCUGGAUGCCCUGAAGUAA